UUCCUCUUUUCUUUGGCGAGGAGGGGCGUAAGAUCCUCUGAAAACAGUGGAAAACUGUCGGAAAGUGUGGAGUGCCAAUGAGCAUUACGCUGAAGAUGAAGUUUUCAUUUGUCCUGUUUCUUUUACUAGAUGUCCCUUAUCUAAAAGGGCAGCAGAAGAUUGAGGAGUUUGAACAAAUUCUGCUGAGGCUCACCUUUCCUUCAUUUUACAAUAGUUACAACAAGUCCUGCUGUAAACUCUAUCCAGGAGGAUGUUACAAGCUGCUGGACAGUACAGGAUACACCUGUGACUUACUGAGAGGAAGAGUUGCGAAAACCGAAAAAGACGGCUGGAUAGAAUUUAAAAUAUCGAAUGUGCGGUUUGAUGAUGGAGGCUAUUACAGAUGUUCUGUGCUGGGAACUCAAAACCGCAUCUACAGUGAUUACUAUGUCGAGGUGUACGAGGCUUCACAUCACCACAGCCAGUCUCAGCCUUCACUGACAACAACCAUCAAAGCCCCCAACUCCACCACAACACUCCCAGACUCCACUGGGGCUGUUCUGGCAGAGGACCACAGUGACUCUCCCAGAGUUCCCUGGAGUUUUGGCCUGCCUCUUGUUGUCAUCGUGUCAAUCACAGUGAUGAUAUUGAUCACUUCAGUUAUUGGUGUGGUUUACUGCAGAGCCGUGGCAAGACGUACACAGUCGGACAAAUAUGGAGAAACGCCACGUGAGUCACUGAAACAAGAGGCUCUAGAAACCAGUGGCAUAGUCUACACAACAGUGGACUUCAGAGCUCACCAGAAGCCGACAGAGGUGUAUGCAAACCUGAGGAUGCACAAAACACAAGCGGGAGCUCUGGACUCCACCUGUGGCGCAGAGCAUGAUGGGAUGGUGGAGUACUCCACGCUGGCAAUCCACCAGUGAAUUCAGAAGAAAGUUUAGGUUCUGGGACUGAUUUUAAUUGUUAUUACACUGUGUUUUUAAGGGGAACACAGUCCCUUUACUAGUUGUGGUUGGUACUAAUCAGCCUGUGUAGAG